AUGCCAAAACCAAAGCAACGAUUACAAUUUUACAAUUUUGGCUAUGAGGGGCAUGGAGAGCUGACUUCAAGACUUGGCUUUGGACAGGUUCCCACUACUGCAGAUGAGUACUUGGCGGCUGGGGUUGAUUUUGAAGAGGCUGGUGAGAAGUGGAGAGCGGGCGACGCGGCUAAGUCAACAAGAUUCUUUGUGCGGGCUAUCGACUGCUAUGAUGAAGGACUGAAGAAGUUCCCAACUUCAUUUGAUUUGGCUUAUAAUAGAGGUCGACUCCAAUACGAGCUUACGCAACAUCCCAAGUUGCUCAAGGAGCUACCCGGCAGUCUUCUGGAUCUAUUGCAAGUCGCAUUGGAGUCAAGUAAAUAUGCUCUAACAUUGAAUGGAGAGGAUCCGGAUGCUUUAUUCAAUACGGCACAAGUCCUCACCAGUAUUGUGGAUACGAUUAACGAGCAAGGUUCUGCGGCUUACAAUCCAGAUCAGCCAAGUCUUUUGCUUCAAGAGGCCCUGGAAAUCUUUGCACAAUGCUUGAAGCAACAAGAGGCAGCGUACUCAGCAUUUCAAAACCAACUUCGCAGUGAUGACAACGAACCUGCCGAUGCUAUUUUGGAUGACACAACGAUUGCCAAUACCUCCAGCACAUCCGGGAACCUCCAGGCCAAAGAUGGAGAUCAAGUUCAAGAGCAAUGGGCAAGCGUGAUAGUUCCUGUCUCGAAAUCUUCGAUCCUGGACACAAUCCUGGCCCAGUUAGAGACAAUGUCUACAUUAUAUAGCCUUUUACGAAGUGACAAGCUGAUACCAUCUAUCGUGGCAUAUGCCCAGCCUCUUGUCGUCGAGAAGCUUCCGUUCUACAUGACCGAAACUGGUCAAGAUUUGGAGGCAGCUAUUACUCUCGCUGGUUACGUUAGCGCAGAGGCAGAUGCGAAGUUCCGCCUGAUGGGGCUUGAUAUGCAGAGUUAUAUUGUAUCAGUGCAGCAGGCUUGGAAGGACGUCCAGCUAACGUCAAAUGCCUCACACGUCGAAGGACUUUGUGACCGAGCAGAGUCAUACAUCAACUGCAGCAACACCCUGCGCUUGAGCGGAAAUGGCAACUCCUUAGACUGCAGCAAACUGCGUUGGGACUUGCUCACGGCUGCAAACCAAGACCUCACCAUUGCCUCCAGCUUCAAAGACGACAACAAUGUUGUAAAAAUCCAUCUCAAGAAAGGCGAUGUGGAACUCUGGCGUUUUCAAUUGGGACAGGCACCGAGAGGUCUCGAGGUUGCAGCUAAAAACAAAGCGGUCCUGCUUAAGAAUGCCGAAAAACAUUAUCGCGGUGCAGUAAACUUGUCAACAGUAGCUGUCGCGUACGACAAUGAGGAUACCCAAGCCAAAGUAAAAGAAUUAUUAGCUAAGGCGCUUGGCGGUAAUGCAAAACCAUUGACUGAUGCACAGGCGCAGUCUAAGGAAGCUGGGGAUAUUCUAGCGGAUGCUGUGGAAGAAGGGCUAGUUGACUGGAAUCAGCUUCAGGGGCUGAGAGAUCUAGAUGCGAUGGUUGAAUAA